AUGGCGGCGCCUUUGAUUUCCCAAUCUUUCCCCUGCUGCAGAAGCCCGCCGCCGGAGGAGCCUGGGAGAGGAGCAGCAGCGAGACCCACGGGGAAACCUGGAGGAAGAGGCGACGGAAAGUUCAACGGUCAUCUCAAAAGGCUGCGCGGCGGCGGCGGGCUGAGAGGAGCGUUCGAAUAUGCCGGCACCACACGGAAGAGCAUCUCUCCCGAGGUCAACUCUCCGCCGUAUGGGCAUUUGCCGGAAGUCUUCUCGACGGAGGAGAUUCAGGGGAGGGGUCUCCAGUUCCAGGCUCAGAUAGUCAAGAGAGGCUUUGACUUUACCCAAUCUAGCUGUUCCCAUCUGCUGAACUUAUACGCAAGUUGCGGAAGCUUGGAGCUCGCCUGCCAGAUAUUCGACGUGAGCUCCCAGAGAAAGUCUCUCGUCUCCUGGAACCAGAUAAUCUCCGGGUACGCUCGAUCUGGGCUCGUCAAGGAGGCGUUGACCUUUUUCUCCCAGAUGCGUGAUCUGGGUUUCAGUCCCGACCAAUUCACCUUCUCCGCUAUAUUCGACGCGGUUGACCGCCACAGGGAGCUGGCCCUCGGACAGCAGCUCCAUUCCCUUUCAGUCAAGCUCGGCCUCGGUGGGGAAGAGUUCGUCAGCAACUCCCUGAUAAAAAUGUAUGCCAGUUGUGGAGAUCUAGCAGAUUCCAUGCAGGUUUUUGGGCAGAUUUCGAACAAGACCAGCGCCGUCGCGUGGAACUCGAUGAUGGCUCGGCUCCUGGAGAACGGCUUCCAUGAAGACGCUCUUGAACUGUACCAGCAGAUGCUGAGAGCCGGAGUCAAACCCACGCCGCCGACUUUCAGCAGCGUGCUGAACGCACUGGCAGGCCUAGGAGCAGCAAUGGAAGGGGCCCAGGUCCAUGCCCAGGUGGUCAUCCAUAGCUUCUCUUCGAAUCUUAUUCUCCAAACCGCCCUCUUGGAUCUGUACACAAAAUGCAGCGACCUAGAGAGCGGGAAGAAGGUCUUCAGGAGCAUGAACUUGAAGAACGCCGUCGCCUGGAACACGAUGAUCAGAGCCUGUUCUCAGAUGGGUCUUCUCGAAGAAGCUCUCCUCCUGUUUUGUUCAAUGAGGAAAGAAGGUCCCUCUCCAGAUGAGUUCACCUUCCCCGCCCUGCUCCUUGGAGCCGCUUCCACAGAGCUCGCCCCCAGAGAACUCGAGUCCCUCCAUGCCCACAUCAUCAAGGCCGGGCUAGAGACUGACCCCUUCGUCGCCGCCUCUCUGAUCUCCAUGUACUCGGGUUUCCGGAAGCUGGAGGACGCUCGCCUGGCUUUUCAUGACGCAGGCUGGAUCGACGCCGGUCUCUGCUCGUCGAUGAUCUCUGCCUGCAUGAAGAACGAGGAAGAAGACGAAGUUCUAGGGUUCUUCGUGAAGAUGCUGGAAAUGGGCAUCGAGCCCAACAAGUUCAUCAUCUCCAGCCUGCUCACCGCCUGCGCCCAUCUCGCAGCGCUGGUUCUGGGCACCCAAAUCCAUGCCUACACAGUGAAGAGAAGCUACCCACUCGACGUCGCAGCGAAGAACUCCCUGUUGACCAUGUACUCCUGCUGCGGCUGCAUCGUGGAGGCGGUGAGGGUCUUUGACUCCAUUAAAGCCCCGAGCUUGAUCUCUUUCAACUCCAUGAUCUCCGCGUUCGCCCACCAUGGCCGAGCCGCCGAAGCUUGGAGGCUCUUCCAGCGGAUGCAGGCCGAUGGACGGAUCCCCGACGAGGGCACCUUCCUGGCGCUGCUCUCGGCCUUCAACCACGCCGGUUGGGUCCGGGAGGGGUUGACUUUGGUGAACUCCAUGAGAGGAGGCCAUGGCUUGGAGCCAACCUACCGGCACCAUGCCUGUGUGGUCGACAUGCUGGCCCGUUCUGGGGAGAUCGAGGAAGCAGUGAAGCGGAUGAAGAGGAUCCCCAUGAAACCGGAGCCUUCUCUCUGGAGAGUGGUUCUUGGAGCUUGCAGCAAGCACGGGAGGAUAGAGAUGGGAAGGGCGGUGGCCGAGUUGCUGCUGGAAGUGGAGCCAGAUGAGGGCAGUACUUAUAUUCUCCUCGCCAAUACUUAUUCUAUUUUGGGCAGGAGGGAGGAGGCGGGAGGAGUGUGGGAGCUGAUGGAAGAGAGGGGGAUUGCCAAAGAUGACGCCGCCAGUUGGAUAGAGGUCAACGGAAGAACCCACGUGUUCAGAGCCGGGGACAGAUCUCAUCCGCACACCGUGGAGAUCUAUCGGGAGUUGAACGGGCUGACUCGAGAGGCGAAGCUACUGGGAUACGAGCCCGGAGGUGUCGGAUUGACCUCCUGA